AGCCGAGCACUGUCGCCGGAGCCUCUGGCCUGCGCGUUCCUUUUCCCCUCCGGCUGCGGAGCGGGCGGGAUCCUGCACCGGGGGCGCGGCGACAGCGGCAGCUCCGGCGGGUCGGGCGGCGGCCGCGGCGCGCGAUCCCCCAGGCGAACCGUACUACCUCCCGCCCGCACGCGGGGGGAGCCGCCCGCCCCGCCGCGCACGCCUCGGCGACCCCGCGGGGCUGAGGCGUCGCCGCGCCCGGGAGCGUGAGCGCAGCGCCGGCCUCGACCCGGAGCUCCGAACCCCGCGGGCCGCGCCCGCCGCCGGCCCCACCCAUCCGGGCCGAGGAGGCUGCGGCCAUGGCCGAGACGGAGGAGCGGAGCCUGGACAACUUCUUCGCCAAAAGGGACAAGAAGAAGAAGAAGGAGCGGAGCAGCCGGGCGGCGAGCGCCGCGGGCGCAGCGGGCGGCGCCGGCGGGAGCAGCGGAGCCGCGGGCGCGGCGGGCGGCGGGGCGGGCGCGGGGGCCCGGCCGGGCGACGGCGGGACCGCGGGCGCGGGGACCGCGGGCUCCGGGGCCGCCACCAAGGCCGUGACGAAGGAUGAAGAUGAGUGGAAAGAAUUUGAGCAAAAAGAGGUUGAUUACAGCGGCCUCAGAGUUCAGGCAAUGCAAAUAAGUGAAAAGGAAGAAGAGGAUAAUGAAAAGAGAGAUGAUCCAAGUGAUAACUGGGAAGAAGGUGGAGGUGGAGGUGGUGGUGUAGAAAAAUCUUCAGGUCCCUGGAAUAAAACAGCUCCAGUGCAAGCACCUCCUGCUCCAGUAAUUGUUACAGAAACCCCCGAACCGGCAACGACUAGUGGUGUGUACAGGCCUCCUGGGGCCAGGUUAACCACGACAAGGAAAACACCACAAGGACCACCAGAAAUAUACAGCGACACACAGUUCCCAUCCCUGCAGUCCACUGCCAAGCACGUAGAGAGCCGAAAAUACUGAGCCUUCGUAAGGGUUGACUACCUCAGAUUUGCUGCACUCAUUGUGGACUUCGUGUGGAUCACAACUUCUGGAUGAGAAGGUUACAGCUAUUAAGUGUUGAUGUGAAACUUGAAACCAGCUCUACUGGAUUCCUGUCAGAAAUCCUGAAGAAAGUCAGCCAUCGGGGUUCUGAUCUGCUGUAAAAGAGGAAGAUUUAAGUGACCUUAAUUAACCUGUCCUGUGCCCCACCCUUUAGGAAUAUUCUGUCGUGGGCUGUGGCUGUAUUAGACUUCCGGAACAUGCCGCUCUCAAAAGAACUGAUGUGUUCAGAUAAUCUGUGUAGGGCUGUGAUUUAUAAUUUAAACUUUGAGUUGUAUUCUGAGGUAACCACAAAUUAAAUGCAACCAAACUUGGGUCCACCAAGUGGGAAAAGGGGUGGGGGAGAGAAUAAUCUUGUUUCUUUUAGUAAUUUUUUAUUUGGGUAGUGCUUUUUCUGUGUUCCACAUUAAGGCCUUUUUUUGCUUUGACUUGGAUAAGUCCUUUGACAGAGCAUAUUGCUUGGUUAACUAAGGAACAUGAAAUAUGCGUUAGAAUUGUGAAAUGUCUCGUGAAUUUGCCAGUCCCUAGAGUGGAACCAAAUAGCCUUUGAUGUAAAGGGCAGUGGAUGCAGGGGGCUCUACUUCAGGUGCUGCUAAAGCCUCCUCUAAUCAGGUCGAAAUUGCAGAGGAAACUGCAGUGGAGCGAGUGUGGUUUCUGCUCAGGCCAGGGGAUUCACUGACUUGUCCUUGUAAAUGCAAAGCAACGUGAGCAGAACCUCAGCUUAAAACCCACUUAAGUGUCAUGGAUCUUGCCUGAUCUCUGACAGGAAUUCCAGAUACACUUGUGCCCAAAUUUUUAAGGUAUUGGACGUUCUGUAGAUGCAGUGAUUGUCCAGCUUAGCUCUGUUAUCAACCUUCUGGUGUGUCUGUACGUUGUUCAUUUGGAGAGUCAGGGGCAAAAGACAGGUGAUGUAGCACUUCUGUUUUUAAUAAUUACAGCUUAAACUAUCCAGUAAUUUUUAGUCCUUAAAAGGGACUGCAGGAAACUGCCCAGGAUUACUGAAAAGUCUUUCCAUCUAACGAGAUAGUCUGGUAAUUCCUUAGUUUUGUAUCUUUGGUUCAAUAGAAAUAUUUCAGAGUGGUGUGUGACCACUUGAUGCAGAGUCUGGGUUGCUCUAUAAUAAAUCCUUUUGCCAAAUGCCGGAGUUGCAGACUUGCUACUGGCGAGAGUGAAGCGAAUGGGUGAGUAGAACUAUGCUGAUGUGGGAGCAUUUUCCUGUAGGAGUUCAGUCUUGAUGAAAGUGUCCAUGUGGGAAUUGGACUCCUCAGAGGGUCACAGUAUCUCCUGAUGGGACCUGCCAGCCGCAGCUGGGCAAUAAUGCUGGCAUUUUCUGAGUUGGCAGGAGGAUGGCUGCCUUCUGAUGUAUUUGGGUGAUGAGCCAGCCAAGGAGAGGUUGGAUGAUUAAGUGAGAAUACAAGGGAUUCUUGGUUAAACUGAAGACUCCGUUUGGGAACCAAAAAUCUUAACAAAUAAUCUCUUGGACCUUGAGCCACAUAUUUCCCCAGAAAAGUAUGC